AUGGACUCUUCAGCAGUAUCAAAUAGCGACGAGCGGGAACCGCUGCUUCCAACCGUCGAAACCCGCCCCAAGGCGUCGCGAAACGUCAAGUUCAGUGCCAACCCCGUCACGCGCACCAUUGAGCCCGAGACCCGGAUUGUCGCCUCAAAGCCAAGCAGCAUCGCCGUCGGCGUCCCGAGCGGCGCCACGGCCGGCUCGGGUGCGGCACCGCACCAUGGCACUGCCUCGGCAACCGGACCGCCAGUGCUCGCGGCGCUCAACAGCAAGCUACGACGACGCAACAGCCACACAGCAGUGCCGAUGCUGCUGGGCGGUGCGGCGGCGACCGGGCUCCCGCCGACACCGGGGGCCAAACUCGGGCCCCAGCGAAGCACCAAGAAGACGGAGAAGCUCAAACUAUUACCGAACCCGGAACGCGACGAGGAUGACGACGGUGCGGACGAGGAGAGCGGCCGCGAAGUCUACUCGCAGUACACGCGGAUCAAGGACCCCAACGCGCGGCGCGACGCCGCCCGCCUCGGCAAGUCGGACCGCGCCAAGCUGCCGCGUGUAACGGCCUAUUGUACCGCCAACCGCUACGACAUGGACGGCCUGAUGCGCUUCCUUAAGGGCCGCGGAAAGUCGCGCGGCGCCCACCCCAAGCUCAUUGACGAGUGCAUAUACACCCCCUACGCCUACGCAAAAGAGGCGCCCGCGCCGCCGCCACCAAAGUCCAGGCGCGACCCGGUCAUGUCCUACCAGCGCCGCCAUUCGACGGGAGGCACCGACGACACCUUGUUCGCCGCCUCCCUAGCGACCUCAGACAGGCACGACUCAGGCUACGGCGACGAGUUUACGCCUGCUGCGGAGUCGGAACACCACGACGGCGUGCCAACAGACCAGAUCCUGGAGGAGGACCUACUAGGCGCGAGCGUGAACAAUAUCAGCGGCAGAGACGCGGUGCCAGAUUUCGAUACGCAGGUCCACACGCCCGAGGUGUUUCUGUUCGACUACGGUGUCGUGGUAAUAUGGGGCAUGUCGGAGAACGAGGAGGCAAGGUUUCUCAAGUACAUUUCCAAGUUUGAGCUGGAGAAGCUCGCACCGGACGAUGUGGAAACGGAGCAGUUCAACUUUUACUAUACGAAAGAGUACCAGGCUCGCAUCUACAAUGACUUUAUCACGCUGCGCGACAAAAACAACUACAUGACCAAGCUGGCCAUUUCCCAUGCUCUGGCUCAGAGUGUAAAAACGUCAUUGUUCGAGGAGCUCAUAUCAUCCACGAUUGAGACGUGCAAGGAUAUCCCCACGCAAAUCGCUCUCACCGGCAAGAUUGCGCUGAGCCGCUCGCAGAUUAAUAUGCAGAUCGGCGAACUCUUCAUCCUGCGCAUCAACAUCCACCUCAACGGCUCCGUGCUCGACACGCCCGAGCUCUUCUGGGUCGAACCCCAGCUCGAGCCCGUCUACCAGGCCGUCCGCAGCUACCUCGAGAUGGACCAGCGCGUCGGCCUCUUGACGGAGCGCCUGGACGUCAUUGCGGACCUCCUCGCCGUGCUCAAGGACCAGCUGAGUCACGGCCAUGGCGAGAAACUGGAAUGGAUUGUAAUUGUCCUCAUCGCAAUGGAAAUUGUUGUCGCCGGCAUCAACAUCAUUGUCGACUUGUAUGCUGGCGAAUAG